GAUUUUCUGGCAAGAGCAGUAGGGUGAGACUGAGAACUGGAUCCAACCAGGACCCAAGCAAGGACGUCCCACAAGCCCUGCAAGGACUUCUGCACCCAGCUUUGCCAUUUGGUCCUCAAUGGUGAGAACCCUGGCUCCCACUGCCCUCGCCAUCUUCCUGACUUGCCUCUUCUGUGGGGCACAUGGCCAGACCCCCAGGGCUUUCCAGGAGAGCACCGUCCCCUUCGAGGUGCUGAGCCAGGAGCAGGCUUACAGCCUGGUCCAGUCAAGCCUGCUCCAGGAUGCCAAGUUCUCAAACCACUCAGAGACCCUCCCCAGGAGCACCAGCUCUGAGCCACCCCUGCUGCCCUUGUGCGUGAAGCCUGCAGACAUCAGACACAUCUUCAAGUACAUCAACACCAUCGUGUCCUGCACCAUCUUCAUAGUCGGGAUCAUCGGGAACUCCACGCUCCUGAGGAUCAUUUACAAGAACAAGUGCAUGAGGAAUGGGCCAAAUGUCCUCAUUGCUAGCUUGGCCCUCGGAGACCUUCUCUACAUCCUCAUUGCUCUGCCCAUCAAUGUCUAUAAGCUCUUGGCAAAGGACUGGCCCUUUGGCGUGCAGGUGUGCAAGCUGGUCCCCUUCAUCCAGAAGGCCUCAGUGGGCAUCACAGUCCUCAGCCUUUGCGCUCUCAGCAUCGACAGGUACCGAGCGGUGGCAUCGUGGAGUCGGAUCCAGGGGAUAGGAAUCCCCAUGUGGAAGGCGGUGGAGGUGAUAGUGAUCUGGGCAGUGGCCAUUGUGCUCGCAGUCCCCGAAGCUAUAGCCUUUGACAUGGUGGAGCUCAGCUACUGGGAGCAACACCUCUGGGUGUGCAUGCUCGCUUCUGAACAGAAAUCCAGCUUCAUGAUGUUCUACCGUGAUGUGAAGGACUGGUGGCUUUUUGGCUUCUAUUUCUGCCUCCCCUUGGUAUGCACCGGCAUCUUCUACACCCUCAUGUCAUGCGAGAUGCUGAGCAAGAGGAACGGCAUGAGAAUCGCUCUGAAUGACCACAUGAAACGGCGCCGGGAGGUGGCCAAGACGGUGUUCUGCCUCGUGGUGAUCUUCGCUCUCUGCUGGCUGCCCCUCCACCUCAGCCGUAUCCUCAAAAAGACCAUCUAUGACCAGACAGACCCCAACAGAUGUGAGCUGCUCAGUUUCCUCCUAGUGAUGGAUUACUUCGGGAUCAAUAUGGCUUCCCUCAACUCCUGCAUCAACCCUGUGGCUCUCUACUUUGUCAGCCGGAAAUUCAAGAACUGCUUCCAGUCCUGCCUGUGCUGCUGGUGCCAGAGACCGGCUCUCAGCAUCACGCCGACGGACGAGAAGGGCUCCGUUGGGAAGUGGAAAGCCACUGGGCAGGAGCUUGGGCUGGACCGGAGCAGCUCCCGCUUGAGUAACAAGUACAGCUCUUCCUAA